GUUUUUCCUUGACCUAUGCACCAUCCCUCCAUCAUGUUCGGUGCAAAUCGAAUCAGUAGUUUUUGCGUAAUCCUGCUGACAGACAGACAAACAAACAAACAAACAAACAAACAGACAAGACAUGGGUGAUCACUUGACUUGUUACUCCUUGGCGGAGGUAACAGGUCAAGAAUUCCUGUUAAAAGAUGUCAUUGAGUUUCGCUUCAAUGGAAGUUAUUUGAGCUCACAUGCAAACACCAGCCUGGACUCCACAAAAAGCUCCCGUAAUCAAAAGCACUUCAGAAAACAAAACCAAAAAAAGACGCUGGCCUCCCUCAUGUCCCCUAAGUUUACCCCUGCCAUCUUCCUAUAUAAAGACCAGUCUAGUCGCAUCAAGUCAUUAGCUCAGGUAAUCCACUUUUGGCCCGCUGCCUUCGUUAUGCGAUCACACCAAGGGUCUAAGGACUAAACCAGUGCCAGCACAGACCAGGGGAGGUGCACCGUGGGGAUAGCGUCACACAUGAGGCCCCUGUGGUGAGUUACUGGGCGCUGCUCUAAUUCAUCUACUCACAAUGACCGGUCUGACUGACAUCCUGCCGCUUUUGACCUGAUCCUGGUGGACCGGUGGAGGAUGAAACCGAGCAAAUGGCUGUUUAAAUACUUGAUGACACACAGCACUGACGGCCAAACCGCUUUGGAACUGGUGACUGGGUAGAGGAGGUGACCACGAACAGUCAUGGGAUGUGGCGUCACAAAGUCCAACCAGUUCCACAAACAAUCUGGAAAAGCCGUCACAACCAUAAAAGCUGCCGUCCUGAUUCAGCGAUGGUACCGUCAGUACGUAGCCCGCACAGAGAUGAGACGGAGAUACACCUGGCACAUCUUCCAGUCCAUCGAAUACUCGGGAGAACAGGCUCAGAUAAAGCUUUAUAAUUUCCUCGGCUACCUCAUGGACAAUUUCACACCGUCAAGCAAUGAACGGAAUCUGAUCUCGCACAUCUUCAGAGAGAACGAGGUUUGCCGGGACGCAGAGUGGGAGAGGUACUUCUGCUACAAGAGCAUCGAGGUGCCAGAGAUUUACUCAGGACCUCAUCUCACCUUCCCUCUGACGGUGGAGCAGGCCGUCGGGCUGGUGGAGGCCUUCAGGACGAAGAAACAGCUGCACUCGCGCUACGUCCUCCAGCUCCUGCUAGAGACGUGGAAACUGCUCCGGAUGUUGCCAAAUAUCAACCGCAUCUCCACAUGCCAAAGCAAAGAGAUCACUAUUUGUGGUGAUUUGCACGGCCAACUGGAAGACCUGCUGCUGAUUUUCUACAAGAAUGGCAUGCCGUCCUUGGAGAAGCCCUAUGUCUUCAACGGAGACUUUGUGGACCGAGGCAAAGACUCCAUUGAGAUCCUUCUCGUCCUGUUUUCAUUCCUGCUCGUCUAUCCGAGUGACGUCUACCUCAACAGAGGGAACCACGAGGACCACAUAGUCAACCUGAGGUACGGCUUCACAAAGGAGGUGUUGACUAAAUACAAGAUGCACGGCAAACGGAUCCUGAAGCUGCUGCAGAAGAUUUUCAGCUGGUUGCCUUUGGCGACGGUGAUCGACCAAAAGGUGCUGGUUCUCCACGGAGGGAUCUCCGACAGCACAGACCUCAACCUGCUCGCCAGAGUGGGCAGACACAGUUACGUUUCGGCGCUGAGGCCUCCGAAGAAGAGGCACAUCACCUCAGCGGGGACCUCCAUCGACUCGGACAUGGACGAAGAUAUCUGGUCCACCAACAGGCGGCGGGCCUCCCUCACAUAUCCCAAACCUCUGGGAACCCGCGAAAGCUUCCAGAACCGCUCGCUGCAGGACUUCUCCGACCGGAUCAGAGUGAACGUGGAGGACGAGCUGGAGAUCGACAAGAGGAGACAGCCCAUUUUCAACAGAUCAGAAAAAGAGACAAAUCCGUCUGCGUCCUCUGACUCUGUCAGCAGUGACAACAUCAAGGAAGAAUGGAAACAGAUCCUGGACCUGCUGUGGAGUGACCCGAUGUCCCAGAACGGCUGCAUACCCAACGAAGUGCGGGGCGGCGGCUGCUACUGGGGCCCCGACGUCACCGAGGACUUCCUGAACAGACACAAUCUGCAGCUCAUCAUCCGCUCCCAUGAGUGCAAACAGGACGGUUAUGAGUUUUGCCACAACCGUAAGGUCCUCACUCUGUUCUCUGCCUCCAAUUACUACGACGUGGGAAGCAACAGGGGCGCCUACGUGAAGCUGGGUCCGGACCUUGUGCCUUAUAUGAUUCAGUACCAGGCCAGCAGCAUGACCAGAGAGCUCACUGUUAGGCAAAGUGUCGGGCAAACCGAGCGCUCGGCCCUCAAAGUCCUGCGCGAGCAGCUGUUUGCGCACAGGUCUGACCUCAUCUGUGCCUUCAGAAAGUUCGACAGCGGCAACACAGGCCUGUUGUCUCUUCAUGACUGGGCAUCUGCAGUGGAGAGCGUGAUGCACCUCGGUCUGCCCUGGAGGAUGCUGCGCUAUCAGCUGGUCACCAGGAAGACCAGCGAUGGCAUGAUAGAAUACCACGAGUGGUUCAACGAGCUCGCCAUCAAAGGACCCAACACGGAUCACAUUGACCAGAGUCUGCUUGAGACUCUGUAUCGCCACCGCUCCACCUUGGAGACCAUCUUCAGAAUCGUAGACACGGACAACUCAGGCUUCAUCACUAUCGAGGACUUCCGGCAGACCUGGAAGCUGCUGAGCGUCUACCUAAAGAUGGAGAUCACAGACGAGGCCAUCUCCGACCUGGCCGUCACCAUCGACAGCAACCAGGACGGCAGCAUCGACAUCGACGAGUUCAUGGAGGCCUUCCGCCUCACAGACAAGAAGAGCCGGCUGGAGCGAGGGCGCAGCAUGUUCAUGGGCACGGCCCCCGACCUCACCAAGCUGGAGGGGGACCCCAACAUUUAGAGCAGAGAGAGCAAAGACUGGAAACGGAGAGCGACCCCAAGCCCAGACUCGUUGCCGGUCAGGCGGCAGAGGGGAGGGCGGGGAGAUGCUGCUGACGCAAGCUGCUAUAAUGACGCACAUUAAGACGUAGGAUGCUGCUGAGCAACAGGCACGCGGAUCGCGUGGGAUUAGGGGGAGGUCAGAGUUCAGGGUGUUUGACAGCGGAUGUUUAUUUCAGUUCAUUCAUCAGUUUUUUUUCCCACUGAGGAAGUGGGGGUGAAACACAACUGCAUGGACAAGAAUUUUGUUUCUUUUAUGAACUUAGAAUAGUUCAAAACUGUUGCAAAGGUACAAUUUACAGACACAGAAACAGCUAGAAGGGCUCUCGGAGAGUGCAGACCUCCGCCGAGGCCAAUGUCAAACAACAUACACCAGA